UUUGCUUAAUGUGCCUUAUAAUCUGGUGCACCUUAUGGUCCGAAAAAUACGGUAAGUGGAUAAAUAAUAAUGUGAUGACCAGCCAGCAGAGCAGUGGCAUAUUGUAUGGGCCAUUAUACUAGUGUCAAUUUUUAGCUGAUAUGAAAUCAUACUGAAAAAUCAUUGCUAUAGCAGUGCCAUGGACCCUACCUCUAUCUCAGGUAGAACAUAGAAGUGUUAAGGCAGUUCUAUUAUACUGAACAUUUCCAGGGAAAAAUACCUAGGGUACUGAUGUUUUUACAUUUGACUUAUACUGUAUCACUACAAUUACACUAUAAUGCUGUUGCUUGCCCCUUGUUUUAGUACAUUCACGCUAUGAAUUAUGUAGCGUGUCAUCAGUGACAAUAUCUUAUUUGAAAAGAAAGCUGCAAAAUUCAGUUUAUUGAGUUAAACUUAUACAUGUUGACACCUGCAAAGUGUGAGUGUGACGCCCACAAGUGUAUGGUCACAAUUGUAAUUUUUUGUAAAACAUUUAUUGAUGUAAAAGACCUGAUUUUAUGGUGGUAUUGCACUCUCAAUUAGAAUUAUGGAGAAUGUAAUUACGUGGCAUUGCCACAGGGGGGAGAUAGUGGUGAGUGCGAUAGGCCGUUGCAACGCUUCUGUGCCUCAGACGAGGAAGAGCCUGCAGACCGAACGCAAUUGAUGUCUCCUGCCUCUGCUUUUCUGUUAAAACAACAGUGCAGUGGCGUAUAGCCCAUAGAUUAGUCUCAGUUCUAUUAACCUGUCAGAGUGUGAUCAGUCUUUGGCAGCGGAUUCAUCCACAACCACAAAAAAAGCUUUGCUAAAGGUCUCAAGAAAAUGGUGGAGAUGGCCAACAAUAACUCAAACAGCAACUCUUGAAUUCACAUCAGUACAGAUACUCCUGAGAUUAGAAAGUCUCUCAUCGCUGUGUCUAUCAUUUUUCACUUCCUGAUAUUUGUCCUUGGUGUGCUUGGGAAUGGACUGGUUAUCUGGAUGACUGGAUUCAAGAUGAAGAAAACAGUAAACACAGUUUGGUACCUCAAUCUUGCUGUGGCCGACUUCAUCUUUGUAGCAUUUCUACCCUUCAGUGCAACAAACCUUGCUUUAGACUUCCACUGGCCUUUUGGCAAAUUCAUGUGCAAACUCAACUCCAUGAUAAUUAUUCUGAACAUGUUUGCUAGUGUCUACAUUCUGGUUUUGAUAAGUGUGGACAGAUGUGUGUCUGUGGUGUGGCCCGUUUGGGUUCAGAACAACCAAAAUGUACGUAAGGCCUUGUUUGUGUCUCUGGGUGUUUGGGGGGUGGCUUUGAUAAUUGGCUUUAUAUAUUUCAUCAUCAUGGACACAGAGCAAGCGUGUGAGAAUGAAAACAAAACUCUCUGCUUAAAGAGCUACUCUAUUUCUGAUGACUAUAACCCAGAAUCUCCCAAUAUACUGCGACAAUUUCAUCGUCCACCGAUUGUCAUUGCCCGCUUCCUUGUGCUUUUUGCAGUCCCAUUCACUAUCAUUGUCCCCUGUAAUGCUGUCAUAAUCAAUCAUCUCAGAAGAAAACACACACUGGCCAGCCAGUUAAGUCGCUCCUUUAAGACCAUUGUUGCCAUUAUCAUCAGCUUUUUUCUUUGCUGGGCUCCCAUUCGUAUUAUGGAUCUAAUUCUGAUAGCUAAAAAAAUGGAUACUUCAAGUAGUGUCAUUGGGAUCCCUUUGGCCACCAAUCUGGCCUUUUUCAACAGCUGCCUGAAUCCACUGAUGUAUGUGUUCAUGGGCCAAGAUUUUAAGAAAGAAGUCCACAAAUCCAUUCUGAAUGUAUUCGAGACUGCCUUCUGGGAAGAGGAGAAAUGCUCUCACACUUACAAUAAGUCAGUAGACAGAAAUACAACUCAGUUUUAA